UUUUUCGUUCAUUCAUUCAGUCUUUGUUUUUCAUUGCAUCUCGCUAAAUAUAAAAAUCUAAUAAUUCCGAGCAAAAGGAAACUAAAUUUUUCUAGUAACUAGUAAAGGAGAAAAAAGCCAAAUCGACGCGAAUUUUAAUUCUAUGCAAAUAAUUAAAUAAUCUCAUUCAUCCAAGUUGUGUUCGUGCUGAAAAUUGAAGUUCACAAAAAAUCCAGAAACCAAAAUACAUACUUAUAAAAACCAAAAUUGUCCAGCAAUUGCUCAAAAGAAUAGAUAAAUUGAACAGGAAAAAGCUAAUUAAUAAAAAAUAAAUAUAUUUUAUAAAAAAUUGAAAACGGAGGAACUAAAAUUAAGGCAGCAAGCCGAAGGAAAUAGCAACGGCGGCGUAGAAAACUUCAACGUUUAGCUAAGUUUGCACAUUUUUGGCAGCGCCGCCAGCGUCAAGUUGAAGGAUAAAAAUUAUUUCAAUACCUCUAGAAUUAUAAUACAAAUUAGUUAUUAACAAUAUAAGGCGUUGAAUACAACAACCACAAAGUUGAAAGGAUGACCUCUAAUUUGCGUCAAAUCCCAUUGACCUGCAGUGGUCAUACCCGUCCCGUAGUGCAUUUGGAUUUUAGUGACGUUUGCGAGAGCGGUUACUUUCUCAUUUCAGCGUGCAAAGAUGGCAGCCCUAUGUUGCGGCAAGGAGAUACCGGUGAUUGGGUGGGCACAUUCGAAGGUCACAAAGGUGCUGUCUGGGGUGUGGCGUUGAACAAGAAUGCCACUUUGGCCGCUUCUGGUGCUGCUGAUUUUACUGGAAAAGUUUGGAAUGCCGUUACGGGCGGUGAAAUUCACAGUUUCCAACAUAAGCAUAUUGUGAAAUCAGUUGCAUUCGAUACAAACUCAGAGAAUAUUGUCACCGGUAGCAAUGAGAAAUUGGUGCGUGUAUUUAAUUUGGAGCAACCAAAUGCCGAACCAGAACUAUACGCUGGUCAUACAGGUGCUCUGAAGCGUGCACUCUUUUGUCGGGACGAUAAAUGUAUACUGUCUGCAGCUGAAGAUAAAACCGUACGCUUGUGGGAUCGUCUAACUGGCAAUGAGAUACAACGACUGCAGUUUCCCCACAAUCCGAAUAGCUUAGAAAUAUCGGCUGAUAAUCACAUUCUAACCAUAACGCAUGGUUCGACCAUCAGCUUCUGGGAAGUGGACACGUUGAAAAAGCUGAAAGAGGUGAAAGUGCCGACUAAUGUGUCGUCGGCUAGUUUGCAUCCCGACAAACAUGUGUUUGUAUGUGGUGGGGAAGAUUUUAAGAUGUACAAAUUUGAUUAUAUAACCGGUAAUGAAAUUGAAUCCUUCAAAGGUCAUUUUGGUCCAGUGCAUUCUGUGAAGUUUAGCCCGGAUGGUGAGCUGUAUGCCAGUGGCUCUGAAGAUGGCACAUUGCGACUCUGGCAGACAACUGUGGGUAAAACCUAUGGACUCUGGAAAUGUACCGAACCGGGGGAAUUGAAUAAUUCUAUGAAUUCACCACGCGAAGUACAUGCCAAUUAGAGAGACGUAUUCGUUCGUUGAUGUGUAAAGAUGAAUGUAGGUGAAACUCUAAAAAAAAAAAAUCGAAGCCCUUUUCGGCAUCAAGAGUGAAAAGAUUCUAAUGCUGUUUAAAAUUUAUUUUCUUCAAUUUUUGAACUACAAAUAUUUUGCAAACCUAUUAUACGAAUUUGAGAGUAAAUGAUUUGUAAUAAAUUUGAAAAUUUUUAAGAACUUGAAAUUUUUUGAAGAACGUAAGAACUGAUAAUAGCAUUUACUUCACGGAGUUAUUAAGUAGCUGGCAAAAUACUGAAUUUUAUUCCAAAUUGCUUUUUACUUAAGAAAAAAUAAUGAACAGAAGUGAUGAUUGAGCAUAUUUUAGUAUGUAAUACAUUAAGUAAUUUCAAAUAAAUACGUACACUUUUUCCUACUUAGUAUUUUUCACA